UUAGAUCUCAGAUUCAGUUUAGAUCCUGAUUCCACAGACAAAUAGUCUCCAGCUGUGGUUUUUUUCAAAAUUCUUUGUAAAAUUUUUGGUACAAGAUUUCAAAAUUUUUGUCGAAAUGCUUAAGAGAACCGCUUUAAUUUUACGUCGGUGCUUACAGCCCACUUUUAUACGGCCUCACCACAUCAAUGUCCUUGAAAACUUUAAGGAAGCCGAUGACCUUCCAAAUCAGGGGCAAACAAAAUUAGUCGAUGUCUCUAUUCACGAUCCGCAGCACAUUCGUUCUGCACUCGUCAAUCCAAUGCAACGAAAGUUCUUGCAAGACCUGGAGCAGCAACAGACUGUUAGGAUCAAGUGGUUUAAGGAAGGGAAUCAGGAUGAACUGGAAAAUAUGAAAAAUGAAUGCCGAAGGCUAGCCCUAGAAAUCACAAUGGCUGCAAAGGGUGGCGAUAUCAAAAAAGCCUGCAAGAAACUGGCUGAAAGAGAAAAGUGCAAGCAGAAAGAACUGAAAAGAAAAUGCAAGGAAUUGGAGAAAAAGACCAAGUGCGCGAAAAAAGACCCUUGCAAAAAAAAAGAUCCUUGCAAAAAGAAAGACCCAUGUAAAAAGAAAGAUCCCUGCAAAAAGAAAGAUCCCUGCAAAAAGAAAGAUCCUUGCAAAAAGAAAGAUCCUUGCAAAAAGAAAGAUCCAUGCAAAAAGAAAGAUCCUUGCAAAAAGAAAGAUCCGUGCAAGAAAAAGGGGGACUUAAAAAAGAAGUGCAAAAAAUUGGCCGAAAAAGAAAAGUGCAAAAAACUGGCCAAGAAAGAAAAGAUGAAAAAGUUGCAGAAAAAGUGCAAAAAAAUGGCUCAGAAGGAAAAAUGCAAGAAAAUGGCUAAAAAAGACAAAUGCAAGAAAAAGUAAAGUUUUCGCGGAUUAUGCAAUGAAAUACAUACAUACCAGGUUUAAUUCAUUCAGCUCUGUACAACGCGGCUUUAUCUAAAAUAUGGUUUUUUCAUAAUAUACAAU